AUGUCGAAAAGUAGUGACGAGACGGUGGGUCCGGACGUGGGAAGCGAUACAACGGCCAGCAAUGGUGUGAACGAGUGGUCGAUUGUGUUUCGCGGCGCUGAGUGUAGACUUUGGUCCGGAGUUUACAAUGGAUUACAUGUGGUUAAGAAGGAGAGGUUCGUCAAGAACUAUAGGAUCACUGAAUUGAACACUAAAAUCACUAAAGAGAGGAUUAGGGCUGAAGUGAGAGCCAUAAUGAAGGUGAAGGAGAAGUCGCCAGAAUUGGGUCCAAUCAUGCCAUCGAUUCUGUUUGUCGAUCAAAACAAUAUAAUUAUGACACUAAUUGAAGACUCAGUGAAUGUCUCCCAAUAUCUAAGUGAUGGCCAAUCGGAUGAAGUGAUAGAUUCACUGUUAGUGAGUUUGGGACAAGUGAUCGCUCGGAUCCAUAACUGCGGUGUCAUUCACGGAGACUUAACCACUUCUAACUUCAUGAUUAAACCCAAACAAAACCUAUUGAUUCCAAUCGACUUCGGAUUGGCCUCAUUCUCCACGUCAGCCGAAGACAGAGCCGUUGAUCUCUAUGUUCUCGAGAAAGUGAUCCUCAGUUCUCAUCCCGACAUCCAUUUCGAUAAACUUCUUCAGUCUUAUGACGAAAAUAUAGUAAAGACACCGAAAAACGAUGUCUUAAAGCGUUUAGAAGCGGUUAGGCUUCGCGGCCGCAAAAGACUUCUUAUCGGAUAA